GACUUCCGGUUUAUUUCCGGAUUAUAACGAAGUAUAAUAACAACGAUAAAUUUGGACUAAUUAUCGUCCCAGGAGGCAACAGGACGACACGCAUAAUAAUUUAACACUUGAUGAAGUGUGGGUUUAAAGGACCAUGCCGGCGUUUUAAAUAAAGUACAGUGUAAAAUACAUACCCGGGAUUGUGAUAAAACUUAUAAUAAGCGUUACAUACCGUUCUAAGUGAAUACAGCGGUUAAAUGGGAGUUAAAACCUGAAACUGCAGAUCUUGAGAUUUCACCUUAUAUAGACCUUUAAGGCACGACUUCUUUCGGAAUUAUAACAUGGAGUUGGAACUCAAGGCCUUUGCUGACACUGACCCAGGAAAUUGCAUAGAAUGUUUGCAUUUCGUCACAGCCAAUUCCAUCGAUGAUGUUGAAAUAGGAGACCACAUUAUAUUUUGUGGGAAAAUAUACAAUCAUCACGGUAUUGUCACUGAGAAAGUGAGAGAUACAAAUGAAAUAACUGUGGCUGAAGCCACAAACACAGUAUUUGGAUUAAUUUUUGGAAUGCUCUAUGGGAAGGGAAAGGCGGUUUUAAAAGAAUCAAAAAAGAAAAUAGACUUUACAAAAAUGAAAAUACAAACUGUUGUUUACAGAUACCCUGUUUAUGCAAAAAUGACCAUAGCAACCAGAGCCAAAGAUUUCUGUGAAGUAGGGGAUAAGGAAGGCAGCUUUAGGUACAGUUUAUUUAACAAUAAUUGUGAGCAUUUUGCAACAAAAUGUGUCACAGGAACGCCAUUUAGUUUUCAAAUAGGAAAAGUAAUAACAGUUGCUCGUGCAUACAUGAAACAAGGUUUUCGGGGGAUAACCGAUGAAAGAAAUCGCAAUGAAUUUCUCUUUGAGUCGAAUCAUUUAUGUCGUCGUUGUCACCUCAACAAUGCGUUCGUGCUCUGUGUCAAUGUUCGGCCAGUUUUGCGUACAGAAGACGUCCAAAUAGGCGACAUAAUCAGAUUUUCAUACUUGUUUCUUCCUCACGAUGGCGUUGUGCUAAAUACCGAAGUUGAAGGUAGGGGAAUCAAAUGUAAUGUUGCACAUUACGCUUGGCCAGCCAUUUGGAAACACAGAAAAAUAAUUGAAGAAACCAUUACGAUUCCACUUGACGGCAGAGUUUUUGUUUUUCAAUACGUUCCACGAAAGUAUAAAGAUUACGCAGCAGACGAUGUAGUGCCACCGAGGUAUGACGUUUACGCAGCAGACGAUGUAGUGAAAAGAGCAAGAUCGCGAAUAGGCGAGGAGAAGUUUGUUUCGUUUUCCAACGACUCGAGUCACUUUUCACGCUGGUGUAAGUUGCGACAAGAAAAAGGUGCAGAGGGACACUUCCAUGGAUCAGCUUGCCUUAUCCUAGAGUACAAUCGUAAUCAUCACUGUGAGAAAGCAAGAAUUGUGACGUCACCGCAAAUGUGUACGACCACGGUCUUGACACAAAAAAAGAUGGAGAGACGACAACCUCAGGUCUGCAGAUAUUGUGGCAAGGUCCUUUCGAACAUUUCAACACUGCUGCAGCACGAAACAACACAUAUAUUAUUUGAAAACUUUUUGUAUUUUCUAACAAUAUUUUGUUUUUGA